AUGCUGUCUCAAGUCAUACCACCGUCCAUCUCUCCCACUACCACUACCCCCACAUUAUCUCAGCCGCCUCCCAAACCAAUACUGAAACCACAUAAAACCCAUACUAAGACUACAUCCCAAGCUGGCCAGACCUCAUGGGCAGAUCGUGUUCGAGUUUCUGACUCAAGUACCCGUUUCACUUUAGAUUCUAUUCCAAGACAACCAGUGGGGCAGUGCCUCAAAAUUACAGAACAAAUGCUACUGGACAACAUUGAACAAUGGACAAGAUGUAUGAUUGGUUUCUUUCCAGGAUUCAAAAUGCCAUAUCACGCAGUUAACGCCAUUGCUUCUAGGGUAUGGCGUCAGUGUGGUCUUGAGAAUGUUAUGACCACAGGCAAUGGUUUCAUGAUCUUUCGGUUUAAGACAGAAGAAGAGAUGCAUGCUGUUCUUGAAAAAGGGCCAUGGAUGUUUGGUGGGAAGAAUAUUAUUCUUCAACAAUGGCACCCACGAUACAACUUUGACAAAAGCAAAAUUUCCACCCUUCCAGUGUGGAUUCGGCUUCAUGGUCUGCCCUUUCCUUUAUGGUCCAAGCAGGGAUUGAGUUUGGCAGCAAGUAUGGUUGGCCGACCAUUAUCAUGUGAUGAGCUCACAUAUAAUUGCACUAGACUUGAAUAUGCACGCCUAUGUGUUGAAAUUGAUGCAUCCUUACCUUUUGUCCACAGCUUUGAAAUUGAUUGUCCUCUCUCUGCAGCUCCUAUUACAGUGACAGUGGACUAUGAAUGGAAGCCAACGCGUUGUGAGCAAUGCAAAUUCUUUGGCCACUCAUGCAAGUCCUCUACCGCUACUGCAUCUCCUCCACAAACCACAUCCAUGCCAACCACAUCCCCUGCCAUAUUCCCUACCAUAAUACACAACACUACCACAACCAUCCAAGACAAAGCUCACCCUGCCUCCCUAUUACCACUAAUUUUGCCGUCCAUCAAUAUACCCCAUACAACACAUUCUCAACCUUUAUCCCAGCCUCAACCACAACCUCCACCUCUGCCUUUCUCCCAGCCUCAACCCCAGCCUCCACCUCUUCCUUCCUCUCAACCUCAUCCCCAGCCUACACCACUGACUUUAUCCCAGUCACAGCCACAGCCUUUGUCCCAGCCACCUAUAUAUGAUCUCCAAGCACUGGAAGCCUGUGACUCCAACAAUGAUUCAGGUACUGAAUGUCCAGAACUUCAGCCUCAUCAUAUUCCAAUUCUUAAUCCGGGUACUUGUUUAGAGAGUAAAAUGGAUUCCUUAAGAACUAUUAGUGCAACUUCUGCUGCUACUUUAGAGACUUCGGUAGGAACCUCUCCUGUUUUUGAACCCCCUGAUACACUUCAUUCCCCAUCUUCUUCCCCACAAACAGUGAGGAAAAAGAAGGGAGGGAAGAGGAAAAAGGAGGCCAAAGAUUCCCACCCAACUUGCCGAAUCCUUGUUGGCUGGAACCCUCAUAAACUACACCUUACCUCCUUACAUUCCUCCUCACAAUGGCUAACAUGUGAAGCCACCCAACCAACCCAACCUACCCCUAUCCGUAUCACCUUUGUCUAUGGCCAUAAUACACCUGCCGAACGGCAAGCUUUAUGGCACUAUCUUACACAGGAGAGUUCUCAAAAUGCUUGUAUCCCUUGGAUUGUAAUGGGAGACUUCAAUGCAAUUAUGCACCUAAGUGACAGGUCUGGUGGGGAUAUUCAUUGGCCAUGCUAUCAAGAUGAUUACAACAAAUGUAUCAGCCAUUCUGAGCUCCUGCAAGUCCCUUACACAGGCAUCAAAUACUCCUGGCAUAAUGGCCAAUAUGGCACCAGUUUAAUCCAAAAGAAGCUCGACUGGAUUUUUGGCAAUGCAUGUAUGUUCUCUACUUGGCCUGCCGCACAUGCAACUUUCCAACCGCGCAACAUCUCAGAUCACAGUGCUAUGCUACUCAGUCUCCAUAACACCAACCAGCAUCGACACUCAUCAUUCAAAUUCUUAAAUAUAUGGGCGGAUCACAGUGACUUCCUUUCUACUAUAGCCUCCUCAUGGCACAUGCCUCUUCCUGGUAACCCCAUGUUCCAACUUACUUCAAAGCUGCGCCGGUUAAAGCCUGUCUUGAAACAACUUCACUGUCAGCACACAGACCAUAUCUCCAGCAGAGUCGCUCAAGCUAAAGCAUCAUGGGAUGCAGCCCAAUUUGUUCUUGAUAGACAUCCUGACUCAGAAGAAGCCAAAGCCAAUGAACGUACACUUGCUGUUACAUACAUGCAACUGUAUAAAGCUGAGGAAUCCUAUUUCAAACAAAAAUCAAGAGUCCAAUGGCUUGCUCUUGGUGAUAGGAACACAUCUUUCUUUCAUAAAUCAUUGUUGCACCGCCAGGUCAGAAAUCGUAUUCAUCACUUGCAAGAUGAUGUAGGUAAUAUUAUUCAUGAACAACAGGAGAUAGGACAGCUGGCCUCAACUUAUUUUGAACGACUGCUCUGUGCCCCUCAUCCCCCCAUCCUUGAAGACAUGCAAGCCAUCUACCCCAUAACCAUCUCAGAAGCUUCCAAAGCUGUGGCCGAGGCACCAGUCACUAAUGAUGAUAUCAAAGCAGCAUUAUUUUCCAUCGCAGACAAUAAAGCACCAGGGCCUGAUGGAUAUAAUGCAUUUUUUUUCAAGCAAAGCUGGGAUAUCAUCAAAGUUGAUUUCAUUGCAGCUAUCAGGUAUUUUUUUUCUCAUAACACACUGCCCCGUUGUGUAAAUGCUACAAGAGUAGCUCUGGUGCCAAAACAGGAACAUCCAGCAUGCUUGAAUGAUUUCAGGCCAAUCUCUUGCUGUAAUGUUAUCUACAAAUGCAUUGCCAAAUUACUUGUGAUCAGGUUAAAGUCAGCUCUAGCCGAUGUCAUUGGUCCCUCACAGUCAGCAUUUUUGCCUGGACGCAGUAUUUCGGAUGCCAUUCUCCUUACUCAAGAGCUCAUGCAUAAUUACCAUCACAAAACAGGACCUGCCAGAUGUGCUUUAAAAAUUGACUUGAAGAAGGCCUUUGAUACAGUCAGCCUAGAAUUCAUCCUUGCAGGGCUGCAAGCUAUUGCUCUCCCUCCUAACCUGCUUAACUGGAUAAAAAUAUGCAUUACAACGGUUCAUUACACCAUUAAUAUCAAUGGUGAAUUGCAUGGGUUUUUCCGGUCUACUAGGGGUAUACGGCAGGGCGAUCCUCUGUCACCUUACCUCUUUGUAUUAGCAAUGGAAGGCUUGAGUGGCGUUAUUCGCCAGACCAUCAGCAACGACAAGUUUCAGCACCAUUGGCGGUGCAAAGCCACAAAUAUAACUCAUCUUUGUUUUGCAGAUGAUCUCAUGAUGUUUUGCCAUGCGGAUGUUACCUCUAUCAGUAUGCUCAAAGCUAGUUUAGACAGAUUCUCAUCACUCUCGGGUCUAUAUAUUAAUCUUGCCAAAAGUUCUCUCUAUCUAUCCGGCAUUGAUGGCAGUUUGAGAAGCUGCAUUGCAGACCGAAUAGGAAUCCAGGAAACAAUGUUGCCAGUGAGAUACCUUGGAGUUCCUCUCAUAUCCACACGCCUUACACACACAGAUUGCAUUCCUUUAGUGGAGAGAAUCAUUGCAAGAAUCAAGCUCUGGACAUCUUCAUCUCUCACCUAUGCUGGCAGAUUGCAACUCAUAAAAUCUGUGUUAUUCUCCAUCCAAGUGUACUGGUCCUCAAUCUUCAUUCUUCCAUGUGCAACCAUUAAUAAGAUAGAAAGCAUAUUGGCAGCUUUCUUAUGGCGGGGUACCUCUCUCUCUUCGGCAGGAGCAAAGGUUGCAUGGCAUGCCAUUUGUUACCCGGAACAAGAAGGAGGGUUAGGUAUCAAACGGCUUCAAAAGUGGAACCAAGCUGCAACACUCAAGCAUAUUUGGAAUCUUUUAACCAACAAAGCCACUGUCUGGACAUCAUGGAUUCAUGCCAUUCUUUUACGUGGAAAAUCAUUCUGGCAGGUUCCUAUGCCAUCCAAUCCCUCCUGGUCUUGGAGGAAGAUUCUGCAGAGUCGAGACUGGUGCAGAGGCUGGUUUACAGUUAACAUAGGCAAUGGUUCCUCAACAUUUUUGUGGUAUGACUAUUGGUUACCUGAGGGGAAGAGACUUGUCGACAUUCACCCACUGCGGACACUUACUGCCACAGGAUUGCCAUGGAAUGCACGAGUCUCCAAUAUCAUCAAUGACGGGCACUGGAACUUUCCCAUGGAUAUCACGGUGUUGCAUACAAGCUGGCAAUCAAUUGUGUUCCAACCAAAGCAGCAUCAUGAAGACCAGUGGGUUUGGACAGGCCAUUCAUCAGGGAACUUCAGUAUUAGAUCAGCAUGGGAUCUUAUUCGGGACAAACGGCCUCUCAACAACAUCCACCUGUUGUUAUGGUUCAAAGGUCACAUUCCUCGACAAUCUUUCAUCCUUUGGUUAGCCGGUCUUGGUCGGUUGCGCACAAUGGACCGGUUAUAUUCGGCUGGGAUCAUAAGGAAUACAUCAUGCAUCUUAUGUGGAACUCACACAGAGACACAUGCCCACCUUUUCUUUGAAUGCCCAACUUCUCAAAUUGUCUGGCAAACUGUUAAUACCAGAGCAAAUAUUUAUUGGCCAUGCUGCACUUGGCCGAAUCUACUACAAUGGGGUGCAACACAAUACUGCCGCAAGGAUGAUAUACAGCACCUUAUAGCACGCUUUUUGCUCUCAGCCACUGUAUACAUACUUUGGCAUGAACGCAAUAAGAGAGUCUUCAACAACCAACAUCAAUCUGCACCAAGUAUAGCAGAGGAAGUUUUUCAACAGGUUAGAACACAAGUAACCACACUAGAGUUUUCAGGCAACAUACCUACUGCCAUUCGCAACAUCUGGGGGAUCAUGGACUGA